CAUCCCAACUCCAUACAUGGGAGAACAGAACACAGCGAGAUGAACUCAACUCAGUAGAAUGAUUCCAUGAUCAGAAAUCUCCCUAUACUUGCCCAUGCACUAAUAUCACCAUCUACAUACUGUAUGCAAACACAUCUGAUUGAUCAUUUCCUUUUUUCGGUAAAUCUGCAAUUCCAAUUCUCAUUCUCCGAUCUCAUUUGAUCCGAUUGCUGCCAUUUCAUCGUCACCCCCACGACGUAAGAUUUUGAUUUCUCAAUGUCAUGGGGUUUGGGGUGGAAACGUCCCUCGGACGUCUUUCACCUGACUUUGAGCUACGGCACCGACGAUUUCCUAGAUGAAACCACACCGACAUCAUCGCGAUCGUCCUCUGCAGUCUCGCCGUUUUCCGCAUCUCCCACGGCGUCGUUUCAGGACGUGCAGGACCCUCAGCAUUUAGGGUUUAGAGUUGAGCUGGAUUGGAAUGCCGGUGAUGAUGAGGAUCAGGUGGCGUUGAAGCUUCAGUCCCAGGUCAUGGUGGCGCUACCUUCUCCGCAGGACACUGUCGAGAUUGAAUUGAAGGAAAGGAGCAGUGAGGGAAAUAGUGACAUGGGCGGAGAGGGGGAGUUGAGGGUGGAAAUGAGGGUGAUGAAGAGGAGAGAUCCGUUGAAAGGGGUGAUAAUGUGGAGAACUGGCGGUUCAGGCCAACAGAUUGAUGGAAUGGGCGUGCUGUUAAAGCUGAUGAGGUCAAAUUUCUCUAAUGGAGGCGGCUCAGGUGCUGGUGGGGAAGCUACAGUAGGUUAUGCUGAACAUUGGCGGAGUGUCACUGUUGUCAGCCUCUCAGGCAUUGGACUAACAGGAUUGCCUGUAGAGAUAAGCAAACUGCCUCUUCUUGAAAGGCUUUACCUUGACAACAACAAGCUUUCAACCUUGCCAUCUGAGCUUGGUGAGCUGAAGAACUUGAAAGUUCUAGCUGCCGACUGCAACAUGUUAGUCUCUGUCCCUGUUGAGUUGAGGCAAUGUGUUGGACUGGUUGAGUUGUCACUUGAACACAACAAGUUGGUUAGGCCGCUGCUGGAUUUCAGUUCAAUGACAGGGCUAUGACUGAGCUACGUGUUCUUAGGCUAUUUGGUAAUCCUCUAGAAUUUCUUCCUGACAUAUUACCACUGCAAAAAUUGCGCCACUUGUCUCUUGCCAAUAUUAGGAUUGUGUCAGAUGACCAUUUAAGAUCAGUAAAUGUACAAAUAGAGAUGGAGAAUACUUCUUACUUUGUUGCUUCUCGACACAAACUCAGUGCCUUCUUCUCUCUUGUAUUUCGCUUUUCCUCUUGUCACCAUCCUCUGCUCGCAUCUGCCCUGGCAAAGAUAAUGCAAGAUGAGGGAAAUCGUAUUGUUGUUGGCAAAGAUGAGAAUGCUGUUAGGCAGCUCAUAAGUAUGAUUACUAGUGAAAAUCAACAUGUGGUAGAACAAGCUUGCUCUGCUCUUACAUAUCUUGCCUCGGAUGUCUCUGUGGCAAUGCAGUUAAUGAAAUCGGAUAUCAUGCAACCAAUUGAAAGAGUACUUAGGUCUUCUGGACCCGAGGAAGUGAUAUCUGUUUUGCAAGUAUUGGCAAAAUUGGCUUUUGCGUCUGAUACUGUUUCUCAAAAAAUGUUGACCAAGGAUGUAUUAAGGUCUUUGAAAUUAUUAUGUGCUCACAAAAAUCCCGAGGUACAAAGGCUAGCUUUAUUUGCAGUUGGGAAUUUGGCUUUCAGUUUGGUAAACAGGCGUGUCCUUGUUAUGUCAGAAAGCUUAAGGGAACUUCUUUUGCGUCUGACAGCUUCAUCUGAGCCAAAUGUGAGUAAGGCUGCGGCUCGAGCUCUAGCAAUUCUAGGGGAGAAUGAGGUUCUACGGCGUGCUAUUCGGAUUAGACAGGUGCCUAAACAGGGCUUACGCAUACUGUCAAUGGAUGGUGGCGGCAUGAAAGGUCUGGCAACUGUAAGAAUUCUUAAAGAAAUUGAGAAAGGCACUGGGAAACGGAUACAUGAACUCUUUGACCUUAUCUGUGGCACAUCAACUGGUGGCAUGCUUGCAGUCGCUCUUGGAAUCAAGCUUAUGUCUUUGGAGAAAUGUGAAGAAAUAUAUAAGGAUCUUGGUAAGCUCGUUUUUGCUGAACCUGUUCCGAAGGACAAUGAAGCAGCAUCUUGGAGAGAAAGGCUGGAUCAACUGUACAAGAGUUCAUCUCAGAGUUUCCGAGUUGUUGUACACGGAUCUAAACACAGUGCAGAACACUUUGAGAGAUUGUUAAGGGAGAUGUGUGCUGAUGAGGAUGGUGAUCUCCUUAUAGAGUCAGCUGUGAAAGGAACUCCUAAAGUUUUUGUUGUAUCAACACUAGUUAGCGUGUCACCAGCUCAACCCUUCAUAUUCCGAAAUUAUCAGUAUCCACCCGGUACGCCAGAGGCUUCCCUUGCUAACACUGAGAAAAUGGUAACAGCAACUACUGGUGCUCAAGUUGGAGUGACGCGUAAUUCAUUUAUUGGAAGCUGCAAGCAUCACAUCUGGCAGGCCAUACGUGCAUCAUCUGCUGCACCAUAUUAUCUUGAUGAUUUCUCUGAUGGUGUAUAUCGCUGGCAGGAUGGUGCUAUUGUGGCAAACAACCCUACCAUUUUUGCAAUACGAGAAGCGCAGCUAUUAUGGCCAGAUGCAAGAAUUGACUGCUUAGUUUCUAUUGGAUGUGGUUCUGUUCCGACAAAGGUCAGGAGAGGUGGAUGGCGAUAUCUAGAUACUGGUCAGGUGUUGAUCGAGAGUGCAUGCUCUGUUGAUCGAGUGGAGGAAGCCUUAAGCACACUGCUUCCUAUGCUUCCUGAUGUACAUUAUUUUCGUUUUAAUCCAGUGGAUGAGCGAUGUGAUAUGGAGCUUGAUGAAACAGAUCCUGCAGUUUGGUUAAAAUUGGAGGCUGCCACUGAUGAGUACAUGCAAAACACAUCUGCAGCUUUCAAAAGUGUUGUUGAAAGGUUGUUAGCAAGCCCACAUGAUGAGAAGCAAGUGGAUAGCUCAAAAUCUCAACACUUCUACAAAGAAAAGAAUGCAAAAGAUGAGAGUAGCCCCUCCUUAGGUUGGAGGAGGAGUAUCCUACUCGUGGAGGCCUCCAAUAGUCCAGAUUCUGGAAGAGUGUUCCACCAUGCUCGCUCGCUCGAAUCAUUUUGCACCACAAACGGAAUAAGGCUAUCUGUUUUCAAUGGUGUAUCUGGAAGUGUUAAAGCUACCGGAUCAAGUUUCCCAACACCCUUUGUGUCGCCUUUAUUUACUGGGAGCUUCCCAUCAAGCCCUCACCUAUACAGUCCUGAUUUUGGGCAUCAUAAGGCUGGUCGAAUCGAUUUAGUGCCGCCAUUAAGCUUGGACGAAUUCCAAUCUGGAAAAGGAGGUUUAUCACCUCCUGAGUCACCUGCUAAACGCCAAAGCGUUUCUUUGCCCAUUCUAUCUCUGCAUGAAAAACUGCAAAAUUCACCCCAGGUUGGGGUUGUGCACCUAGCCUUGCAAAAUGACAUGUAUGGCUCCAUAAUAAGUUGGCAGAAUGAUGUAUUUGUGGUAGCUGAACCAGGAGAACAUGCAGAGAAAUUCCUAAAGAGUGUCAAGUUCAGCCUGAUGUCAAUGCUGCGGGGGCAAAGGAGGAAAUAUGCAUCAGUCAUUACGGGUAUCUCGACCAUUGCUGAACUAGUUUCGUGCAGACCAUUCUUCCAAAUCGGAGGUGUUGUUCACCGUUAUAUAGGGCGACAAACACAAGUGAUGGAAGAUGACCAAGAAAUCGGUGCAUAUAUGUUUCGUAGAACAGUCCCUUCCAUACACUUAACCCCAGAAGAUGUUAGGUGGAUGGUUGGGGCAUGGAGAGACAGGAUUAUAAUCUUCACGGGUAUAUAUGGUCCUACGCAGUCCUUAAUCAAGGGAUUUCUAGACUCCGGUGCUAAGGCCAUUAUAUGCCCUUCCACCGAGCCUGACGAAACACAAUCAUCAACCUUCCACGGUUCUGGGGAAUUCAACGCCAUAGAGAACGGAAGGUUUGAGAUCGGAGAGGAUGAAAUGGAAUAUGACGAUACUGAACCUUCAAGCCCAGCUAGCGACUGGGAAGACAGUGAUGUGGAGAGAAAUGGGGCACGUGUAAAUAAUAACAAUAAUAAUAAUGGCAUAUGGGACGAUGAGGAGGGAGAGUUGUGCCUUUUUGUGUGUGAGUUAUAUGAUUCUUUGUUCCAGGGCGGUUCAAAAAUAGAUGAUGCACUGAAGCAAUCUCUCUCCUCACACCGGACCCUAAGGUAUUCCUGCCAUCUGCCCCCCAGUGUGUGAACAUCAGGGGUUGGUAGACCUUCAUGGCUUCAUACUUCUCUACAACGAACAUUCCCACCCCAUGUCUGAUUUAUUCAAGUACAAAGGAAUGAGACGUUUGAUUAAAUUAAAAAGAAAACGUAGCAAAUGAUCAUACAGAAUUAGAGUGUGAUAUAGAUGUAUACGGAAAUAGAAAAAGGAUUCAGAUUUUAUAGCCCAAUAAUUGCUCAUUUUUAGUCAUGAACAAUAAUCACUAAAGUGAAUUUGGGAUUUUUUGCAG